AUGAGCUUGGACAUCCUAUUUGGCGACUUUGACUAUGAACGUGCGAAGGAUUACUGCGCAUCAUUGGAAGGAUUCUCUAUAAAAGUAGCCAUUUGUUACAUGGUGACUAUAUUUUCUAUCAAAUAUUACAUGAGGGACAAAAAAGCAUACGAUUUGCAACUACCGCUAAAUAUUUGGAAUUUUAUUCUUGCCGUAUAUUCAGCUCUUGGUUUCUACUACACAGUUCCAACAUUUCUUAGGGUAGUGUAUAAUAAGGGAAUUACACAUACUUACACACAUAUUUCUGAAGUUUACACUGAUGAGACGGCAGGAUAUUGGGUACUUUUAUGGGUUCUGUCAAAGUUUCCGGAAUUAGUAGACACUAUCUUCAUAGUGCUUCGCAAACGACCUCUGAUGCUUAUGCAUUGGUAUCAUCACGCUUUCACUGGCUAUUACGCUAUCGUAAACUAUCAUGAGGAUAACGCGCACAUGUUUUGGAUUGUUUGGAUGAACUACGGUAUUCAUGCUGCUAUGUACAGUUACUACUGCCUUCGAUCACUCAAGGUCAAAGUUCCACCGCAGAUUGCUCAACUCAUAACUACUUCACAAAUGAUUCAGUUUAUCAUUGGCAUGGCUGCCCAAAUACAUGUCAGCUAUUUGGCGCUAACCACUCGCCAUAAUUAUGCAGUCACCUUCAGAGGGUGUUUCAUUGGCUUCUUCAUGCUGUUCACAUAUCUUCUCUUGUGGAUACGGUUCUACAACGAAAGUUAUUAUAACAAAGGUGGUAAGAAGUACAAUGCAGCAAAAACUGUUGAAAACACCAAAAAAGACGAGUGAAUCUCAAGCACAUUAUUGCGU